AUGGAUGUCGAAUUGGAUUACCAUCGGGACGAACGGCCGAUGCCAGCAGAUACUUGGAAGUUCCCGGGGGACUUUCGCAUCGCAGAGUUGAAGAUUGCAAACGUGACGUGGUACCGACAUGUGAUCCAUCGUGGCAGGUCAGAGCGCCGUGGCUGCACGGAUCAUGAUACCGAGACAGAUCGCAGCACCACCGAAGACGGAUUCGAUGAUUCAGACCGGUCCACAGACGAAGACGAAGAUGACGACGAAGACGAUGACCAAGAUGAAGACGAAGAUGACGACCACGACAAUGACGCAAUGGACGAGGCAUAG